AGGAUAUGAUGUCUCAGGUUGGCCAGUUUUAAGUGCUAGGUUUGAUAUUUUAAUAAUGAAAAAAGAUCUGAAAUGUUGAAAAAUGUUGCUUGGUUAAGAAGGGUUACGCACCAGAAAAUCAACAAGUUUAUUUCAUCUUCUUCGUUGUUUUCUAUCUCCUCAUGUUCAAGUCAGAAGGUCAAAGAUAUUUUAACAUUUCCUUUAACCCACAACCAUGAAACUCCUCCCACCAUUGAAACUACAAAGAAACUGCCGUCUGUAACUCGCAUUCUGAGUGCAACAAAACCCCCAGAACAACAACUUAUUCUUCUAAACUGGAAGAAAAAGAUGAUUGCUGAGAUGGGGGAAGAAGGGUUCAACCAAAUGCAAAAAGAUACUCUGAGUGCUGGUUCUGCUUGCCAUAGUUCAAUUGAAGAAUAUUUAAAAGGCACGCCUCUAGAUAAAAUCUGCCCUAAAGAAAACAGCACCCAGUUAUGGAAAAGUGUGCGACCUGUACUAGCAGAUGUUGGUGCAGUAGGAAAUACUGAAUUUAAGGUUGUUCAUUCUCAUCUUGGCUACAGUGGUUACCUUGAUUGCAAUGCUGUUUACAAAGGUACCAUGUGUGUAAUAGAUUGGAAAACGUCGAAAAAAAGAAGGUAUCGGAUUCAAGAUUGUUACGAUGAUCCUGUACAAGUUGUAGCUUAUGCUGGGGCUCUCAACCAUUCAUCUGCAAGCAGUAACCAGAUCACACAUGGGCUGGUGGUAAAGAUUUACCAUGAUGGACAAACUGCUUCUGUGUUUUGUAUGAACGAGUUCAUGAUGGAUUACUACUGGCAGAAGUGGCUUCAAAGACUUUCACAAUUUCAUAAAAUGAAUAAAUAGCGUAACAUGAAAACAUAAAUGUAA